AUGGAGGAGGAGAAAGUAGCACAGGUCAUCUCCAAUCAGCCCAUGAUGGAGUGGCGUUUGGCCGAACUCGGCGCAAGCGUCAAAGGCCUGCAGGAGCAGCUGGAGACCCAGGCGGGCUUUGUGAUCAUACUCACGCUGCUAGUCUGUAGGCAUGUCGGACAGAUGCUACAGAGGCACGGUUGCAGAGGCAACUUCAAACGGGUCAAGGGGGAUGCACGUGCAGUUGGGUGCCGAACCAGAACCAGUCCCACGGAGCUUGGCAACUGGGGCUGCAAGCACGUGGUGAUGCAGAAGCUUGCCGUGCUGCCGUGGUGGCGGAACUGCGCGGGAGCACAGGCCACAGCACAGCAGCACGCCCUUUCCCUUGGAUCCGUGCAUUACACAGGUGGCCCCCAGGGCGUGCAGGCCGUGCAGGAGUCAGGCUCGGCCGGGCUUCACCUCGAGGACAUUGCCGCCGCGGCUACGCGAGCAGAAACUGCAACGCUGAAGGAUCAGAUCGCUGCGUUACAGGAGGUGCAGGACGCCCUGAGGUGCGAAGUCACUCGACUGGCCGACCGACCAGGGAUGCAGGUCGAUGCAAGCAGCGCCCCUUCUCUGAGUGACCGGGUGGAGAGGGCGGAAGCAGCCGCUUCAAGCCAGCAACGGGAAGAGCUGGAGGCAUCAGUUGCAGAGGUGACUGAGGUUUCAAGACAGGCAGGGCCGGCAGAAGGUGCUAGCGCGAAGGAAGCCCAGAACCUUCCUGGCCUGGUCCUGAAGGCCUCAGCUUCAGAGGCACUGGGACUGGAGCAGGUCCAAGCCCGCAUGGAGCAGCUCGAAGCUUCCCUGGAAGGCCUUUCGAAAGCGAUACCAAUCAUGGAGUUCCAGGAUUUGCAGGCCGAGGUUUGCAGCUCAAAGGGGCGGAUCGACAGCAUCGAAACGGCGGGUUCCUCAAGUUUGGCGCGGGUGCAAGAGCUCGUAGCUGCAAUGGAUGGUCUCAAGAACAACAUAGAGGACUUGAGAGCGACCACCGCUAAUCCUGCCGUGGACAUGGUCGACAUUCGAACGUCGAUGCUGCGUCUUAAGGCACGCGUGGAUCACUUUGAGUCUCAGCUGCAGCCCGCCAAAGUGCGAUCAGCCAUCGCGCGUGUUGACCACAUGGAAGCUGCUAGCGCUGCCUGCCAGGCUCAACUGCAGCAGCUCUCAGGUUCACUCGAAGAUACCAAGGAAGGUAUGCAAGGGUGGAGAACUACUGCAGACGAGGCGCUGGUCGGACUUGCAAACGAACUGCACGCCUGUCGAGAUCGAGUGGAAACAAUAGAGGCUGCCCACUCGGAGGCCCAGAAAGAGAUGCACCUGCUUGAAACUGCCUUGAACGAAGUGAAAGAGUCCAGACAGCCGCACCUGACAACCGAGUUCGGUGAAGAUUGCCGAGCAGCAUUCCAAAGCAUUGGUCAACACACGGAUGAACUGCAAGCCAUCAAACGGCAGCUCGGAAGUUUGCAGAGCGAGAUAGAAGCCAACAGGCUGAAUGACAUCAACGGUCGUGUCGAGCAGGUGGAGGCUGCAAGCGCAGCGGGUAACACGCAGCUGCAGGAGCUUGCAGCAUCGAUUGCUGGCAUCCACAAGUCUGUAAAGCAGCUGGAAGGUGUUGUGCGCCCACUAGAUGCAGAGCUCCCGGCAGCAGUUGAGGCCAUGAGGAAGCAGAUCGAUAAUGUGGAGUCGAUGGAAGCCAGCAGGCUGAAUGACAUCAGUGGCCGCGUCGAGAAUGUGGCCUCUGAAAGUGCAGCACAACAUGCGCAGCUGCAGGAGCUUGCCGCAUCGAUUGGUGGCAUCCAGGAGUCUGCAAAGCAGCUGCGAUCUGAUGUGGACGCUUCAGACACAGAGAUUUCGGCGACGGUUCAAGCCAUCCGGAAGCAGAUCGACAAUGUGGAGUCGCUGGAAGCCAGCAUGCUGAAUGACAUCAACGGCCGCAUCGAGCACAUGGUUUCUGAAAGCGCAGGAGGUCGUGCGGAGUUGCAGGAGCUUGCAGCAUCGAUUGGUGGCAUUCAAGAGUCUGUAAAGCAGCUGGAAAGUGUCGUGGUGCCGCUAGAUGCGACGCUGCCGGCGGCAGUUGAGGCCAUGAGGGAGCAAAUCGUGAAUCUGCAGAACGAUAUCGAAGCCAACAGUGGGAAUGACGCCAGUGGUCGCGUCGAGCAUGUGGUUUCUGAAAGUGCAGCAUGUCGUGCGCAGCUGCAGGAGCUUGCCGCAUCGAUUGGUGGCAUCCAGGAGUCUGUAAAGCUGAAUGACAUCAGUGGCCGCGUCGAGGACGUGGUUUCUGAAAGCACAGCAGGUCGUGCGCAGUUGCAGGAGCUUGCCGCAUCGCUUGGUGCCAUUCAAGAGUCUGUAAAGCAGCUGGAAAUUGUCGUGAGCCCGCUAGAUGCAGAGCUACCGGCGGCAGUUGAGGCCAUGAGGAAGCAGAUCGAUAACGUGGAGUCGAUGGAAGCCAGCAGGCUGAAUGACAUCAGUGGCCGCAUCGAGCAUGUGGCUUCUGAAAGUGCAGCACAACAUGCGCAGCUGCAGGAGCUUGCAGCAUCAUUUGGUGGCAUCCAGGAGUCUCUCAAGAGGCUGGAAGGUGUUGUGCGCCCACUCGAUGCAGAGCUGCCGGCGGCAGUUGAGGCCAUGAAGAAGCAGAUCGAUACGGUGGAGUCGAUGGACGCCAGCAGGCUGAAUGACCUACACGGCCGCAUCGAGCAUGCGGUUUCUGAAAGCGCAGCAGGAAGUGCACAGCUGCGGGAGCUUGCAGCAUCGAUUGGUGGCAUUCAAGAGUCUGUAAAGCAGCUGGAAAGUGUCGUGGUGCCGCUAGAUGCAGCGAUGCCG